GAACAUAUCCUCAGAGCCAGCAGGAACAAAGCUAAACCACCAGAGGAUUACCUGAAUGUGAAGCUUUUCGCAACACUCCGUAGAAGAAGGGACUUUGCACCAAUUGUGGAGAUCCUGAGAGCGAACAGCAAACGAUACCCCUGGGGCUUCCAUAUCAAAAUGCUGGUUAACAAAGAAGGGAAAAUGAUACCCAUACUCUCCCCCGAAGAUGGUCUCCGCAAGCUGAAUUCCUGGGGCCUUGAAAACCUGCCAGAUGAACGAACAGCCACCCAGCAUAGGAGAAUUCAACUGGAAUGGUACAAAACCACUAACAAAAGAUGA